AUAGUACAGGAGAUGACCAGAGACUGCGAACAUAGUACAUGAGAUGACCAGAGACUGCGGACAUAGUACAUGAGAUGACCAGAGACUGCGGACAUAGUACAGGAGAUGACCAGAGACUAUGGACAUAGUACAGGAGAUGACCAGAGACUGCAGACCUAUGGGGGGGGGGGGCUGGUACCCGAAUUUGACAGGUACCCACUCCCACUUUCACAGAGUUGUCCUCCCACGCUCCCUCCCCGUAGUGUUGUGGGACAUGUGACAGGUCCCAGAAGACUACGUGGCCAUUCACAAAGCGCAGUUCUUCUGUACAGCCGAGCAGCCGGCCUGGUAUUCUAACGCAGCAACUUGGGGGGGAAUACCGGGCCGU